GAUGGAUGAUGAUGAUGAUGGUGAUGAUGAUGAUGGUGAUGAUGUUGAUGGUGAUGAUGAUGAUGAUGGUGGAGGAGGAUGAUGAUGAUGAUGAUGAUGGUGAUGAUGAUGAUGAUGAUGAUGAUGCUGAUGAUGAUGUUGAUGAUGAUGAUGAUGAUGAUGAUGCUGAUGAUGAUGGAGGACACGUGGGGGACUGUGAAUUUGAAUCUCCCCGAGCUACACAGUGUGGACGGGGCAGCGGGAGGUGAGGACGGGAAGGGAGCGUGGAGGCCGGUGUGGGCUGAGCUGCCGCCGCGCACAGCUGCUAGCUUCGGCCCCUCUCCUGCAGUGACCUGCCUGAACGGGGGGGUCUGGACCGGGCAAUCCUGCCAGUGCCCCAACGGCUUCACGGGGCCCCUGUGUGAGGAGCGCGUGCCCGUCGUGCGGUGCCAGAACGGCGGCAGCUGGGACGGGCUCAAGUGUCAGUGCCCGAGCCUCUUCUACGGGCCAAGGUGUGAGGACGUGGUGGACGCCAUCGAGAUCGCGCAGACCGUCUCCGCCGCGGUGGACGUGAGCGUGACCGUGACGAGCCUCAACUUCAGCGAGGAGCUGACGAGCACCUCCACCGGGGCCUUCAAGAGGUUCAACGAGACCUUCAGCCGGCAGAUGGCGCAGGUGUACCGGGGCGUCCCGGAGUACCGAGGCGUGCGCAUCAGGCAGCUCAGGUGAGUCCGGGCGGCGCGCUGCCGGGGCCCCUUGCUGCCUCUGUCCAGAGGGGUGUGAGUGUGUGUGUGUGUGUGCGUGUGCGUGUGAGUGUGUGUGUGAGUGCGUGUGUGAGUGCGUGUGUGAGUGUGUGAGUGUGUGCGUGUGUGAAUGUGUGUGAGUGUGUGUGUUAGUGUGAGUGUGUGUGUGUUAGUGUGUGAGUGUGUGUGAGUGUGUGUG